AGGAUAGCUACCGGAGCUUAAAACCCUCUUAAAUCUAAUACAGCUCAUUCAGUGAUCAGAGCUGCCCAAUAGUGUGGAAAUGGCGAUCCGUCUAUUAGCGAGAAGGACACCAUCGACGGUUGAAAGUACAUCGGUCCUAUUUAGAAGCGCAUUCAGUUUCCUCCGCAAUCUGAGCACCGCCACUUCCACCGACAAUUCCGCCGUGAGUGCGGCGGUGCCUGGCGGCGGACCUAAGAAGCCGAAGCGGAAGAAGAAAAAGAACCUGUUCGAGGUUGCUCAGUUUCUGCCUAACUGGGGUAUUGGCUAUCACAUGGCAAAAACUCACUGGACUGGGGUUUCUUACGAGAUUACUAAAAUUAACCUCUAUAAGGACGGGCGGCAUGGUAAGGCUUGGGGGAUUGUUCAUAAGGAUGGUAUUCGAGCUGCAGAUUCCGCAAAGAAAAUAAGCGGGGUCCACAAGCGCUGCUGGAAGUACAUUCCCUGCUCAAAAAAGACUGAAGAGAUUGCCUCAGAACCAAAACCAGAACCAGAAUUGCAGACUGCUUGAAUAUUUACUUGUUAACUUGAAGAAGACCAGCAACCUACAAGAUUUCGACUAUUGGGACAUCAAAAAGUUGAUUUUUAGUAGUAUGUUGGAAUUGUAAGGACAAGAUAAUCUUAUUGGUGGAGAUAAGUUACGGGAGCAAUAUUUGGUUGGAUUUCUGAUCUUUGAUAAAUAUCCAUGUUACAAACAUAAAUCUGAUCUCUGUUUUGAUGGUAAUAAUAUUUAGGUCACAAUCUUGUACCUUGUCAUGCCUUCUUUUUUUUUUUUUCUUUUU